UAAACUUUCGAUGAAUGUUCUGCGUCAUGCUGUGUUGCUUUGUUCUAUCUCUUGUUUCUUUCCUCACCGUGUCACAUGCUAUUUUGCUGUCCUGUAUGUGCAUCAGUUGGUAUUGGGCAAAUUGUCAAAGUUUUAUCGAACGUCAACUGAGCCUGCACCACGUUUAUCUGAUCGCAUGUCCAGCCUUGCAAUCGCAGCGCAGCCUACCCGGGAGGUCCACCGUAAGGACUCCCUGAGUACAUUAUCGACACUUGAGGCUUCAGAUAAGAACGGCAGCGUUGUUUUUGGUCUCUUUCUGGCCUUCACGAAAUCGAUGACCUGCGGAGAGCAAAAGACCUGUAAUAAUAUCACCAUGCAAUAGCUUAUACCCAUCGUGUACUGCCGCCCGAACGGGAUUGCUGCACGUAUUUUGCUCUCUAUCUGUCCAGACUGCUGGUGGUUCUGCCAGUGUGUAGGGUCAGUGUUGUGCUGACCGAAGGGGAGUUUUUGUAGACAAUACAAUGAAUUGCAGUUGCAUAUAGCAGCAAGCUUUUGGCCCCUCAAUGACCGGCUGUGCUUAGAAUCGAUGCAAUAGCUGCCAGGAAUGUGACAACUUUCCUGAUGAACAGCCUACAUUCAAAGAAGGUGCCGUGAUGAUGAUUUCAACGCUCAUUUUGGUUUAAUACUAAUUGAGACUCGGUGCCGUGC